AUGCUCCUCUUCUCUCUCCCAGUGUUGGGCAGUGCCUCUGAGCUGGCCUUCCUGAAGGAGCCCAAUGAUGUCAUCGCGGUGCGUGAACGGCCCCUGAUGCUGGACUGCCAGGUGGAAGGGGAGGGGCCUAUCUCUGUGACGUGGCGGCGUAACGGCGUGCCCAUUCCCAUCGGGCUGAAGGCUAGCGUGUUGGCCAACGGAACUCUCCUGAUCAAGAGCUUCCAGAAGAGGAGAGAGAGCAACGAGACGGACGCUGGGGAGUAUGACUGUGCUGCCCAGAACCACUAUGGCAUGUUGAUCAGCCGCAAGGCCAGGGUUCAGCUGGCAUCUCUCCCUAAGUUCCACAUACACCCAGAGUCCAUGUCGGUGGAUGAGGGUGGUGUUGCCAGACUGACCUGCCAGGUGAACGGCAUCCCAGAGGCCAACAUCUCCUGGGAGAAAAACAGAACCGCUUUGAAUACUGACGAUAACAGGUACACCAUCCUGCCCACAGGGAUCCUGCAGAUAACCGGUGUAAGGCGGUCUGACAGUGGUGUGUAUCGCUGCGUAGCCUCCAACAUCGCUAACACUCGCUACAGCCACGAGGCCCAGCUCACUGUCACUGUGGCAGCUCCACGGAUCUACAAGGAGCCGGUGAUUCUGUCGGGUCCUCAGAACCUGACCAUCACUGUGCACCAGACUGCCAUCUUGGAGUGCAUCGCCACUGGCAACCCUCGACCCAUCGUGUCCUGGAGUCGGCUGGACGGGCGCUCCAUCGGGGUGGAGGGUAUCCAGGUGCUGGGUACGGGGAACCUGAUGAUCUCAGAUGCCAACCUGCAACAUUCUGGGGUGUACGUGUGCUCUGCCAACCGCCCUGGCACCAGGAUGAGGCGUACCGCGCUGGGUAGACUGGUGGUGCAGGCUCCUCCUGAGUUUUUGCAGUGGCCGCAGUCUGUCUCCAGACCAGCAGGGAGCAGUGCAGUGUUCACCUGUAUGGCCCAGGGUGUCCCCGAGCCUCACCUUAUCUGGCUGAAGAACGGCAAAAUCCUGACGCCUGGUGACAACGUCAAGCUCACCAACAAUAACAGUACGCUGGCGGUAACGCGCAUCACCACGGAGGACGAGGCCAUCUACCAGUGUAUUGCUGAGAACAGCGCUGGCACCAACCAGGCCAGUGCCCGCCUGGCCCUCACCCAGUCCACGGAGUUGCUUGAGGCCCCCCAGGACCUGACGGCCAUGGCCCUGUCCCCCACCACCCUGCAGCUCACCUGGGCCCAGCCCUCCCCAGAGGUCACCGACGGCAUCAUCGGAUAUGUGCUGCACAUCCGCAUGUUUGGCGAGCCAGACAGCAGAGAGCUGCAGGAGGCCGUCAGUAAGACCACCUUCCAGCAUGAGUUCACCACCCUGGAGCCGGCCACCACCUACUCCAUCUACCUCAAGGCCUACUCCCCUCUGGGAGCCAGCCAGCAGUCCAGCACUGUUGUGGCUACAACACUAGGGGGCGUACCCAGUUCUCCCAGUUUCUUCACCAAGGUGCUGAACAAGACGGCAAUGCAGGUGUUCUGGGAGCUGCCCAGUAAGCCGGGCAAGGUAGAGGGCUUCAAGCUGUCCUACCGCAAGGUCCCCCAGCCCAACUUCCAGGGGCAGGAAGCAUUUCCUGGUCACAUCAACACCCACACCAUCUCCCAUCUAGAACCCGCUGCUGUGUAUGAGAUCCAACUGGUGGCCUACAACGGCAAUGGGGACAGCGCUGCCAACAAGCGUCUGGUUUCACUGGCUGAGAGUGGUACCAGCGCCAAGACCAGCACCGGUGGGCAGAGCCCAUGUAAUUGCAGGCAGGAUGACGAGGGGUCAAUGACUGGCAUUGUGGUGGGAAUCCACAUUGGCAUGGUAUGCAUCAUCUUCUGUGUGCUGUUCCUCAUGUUUGGCUACCGCCGCAGCUUCUUCUGCAGGAAGGGGACCCAAGAUGGCUGGUCAGGGCCCCGAGGAGGAGACAGGAACCAGCGGGCUGGCUCACCAAAAGAGGGGGUGAUCCGCAUGCCCGAGGUCAUUGAAUUAGUGCCUCAGAGAUGUGACUCUAUCACUGCUCCAGUGAUGGUUGUUAAAGGUCAAGCCCUCCCAGCGCAGUGCCAAGUCCUCAUCGAGCAGCCCCCACCAUGCCAGCCUGGCACAGGCACCGGCUAAAGCACCCAAACACCACUCCACUUACCUCCCCCAACCCCAGUCCCUUUACCCUGAAAAAUGAAUGGCUGUUCUAUGGUUCCUCCACCUCACCUGCCCACCAACGCCUUAGCCAUAGUCUGCCUAUUGCAGCGUCCAGCCAUAGUUCUAGCACUGAAUGAGAGAGAGAGAUUGAGAAUGAAAUUGAGAGUAAGAGAUGAUGUGUUGAGGACUUCUGUUGAAUGUCCAAUACCACAAAGGAAAAAAGGUAUUUCAUAAUAGCUUCAAGUAAAAACAAAGUAGAACCAAUGUAGUCAUGAGUAACUAUUGAGAUUUUAACCCCAUUUCAAGUCAACUUACUGUCUUGUGUCUUUUACACCAAAGCUGAAAGCCUUAUUUUAACAUUUUAUUUUUAGUUCCAUGGAAAUGUAUUGAUAGCCAUAGAGGAAAUGGGCACAGACCAUUUAUUAUUCAAAAUGCUGCUUGCUCAUCUCUGAAGAAAACUGCAAAUUACUAUAGUCCUUAUAUAUUCUGUGUGGUAUUGGACAUUGUGCAUCUUCUUAAAACCAAAACCCAUAAAUAGCUUCAUUUUAUGUAAUUUUAAGUUAAUCGCCAAUGGUGCCAUUUUCAGGUUCUGCCAAAAACAGAUAGAUAUACUGAGGCCUUUUACCAGUUUGAACAGUGAACAUGGCUCUCAGAUGAUUAGAUGUUGAGCUUGAGUCAAUGGAUGAGAUAGAAAGUCUAUUAGUCUCCAUCUUACAUUGAGGCCAGUACCAAAGUGAUUUCUGUGUUCAGCUUGUGAAACAGUAGAUAUAGUGAAUGUUGUCAGUCGAUAGGUUUUCUCUGGUUAGCUCCACAAGAUUGUACCUCAGGGCUACGUAACGUGGUCUGCUUUAGCCUUGCCGAACCUGACUGAGUUGAUAGUUUGUCUCACCGUGUUAGCCUUGAGGCGGUCCGGUGUCAAGGGAUCACAGAUUCAGCCAUUUUUGUUCAACCCCUAUCCCAAACUCUUUGUUACAUUUCUGCUCCCCCACCAAAACGUUUUACCUCCAAAGAUAGCUACCUCAGCCUGACGAGAACGUCAGAGCUAUCAAGGUAACCAUUUUGCCUGUCGUGCUGCUGGUCAAGCAUACCUACCUCAACCAAAAGGGUACUUCUGUACCCCCUUUUCCUUUUUCUUUUUGGGUGCCAAUGUCAGUCCUGUGCCAGCUGCCACUCCUUGUGUUCAGAGGGUGGUACACUCUUCGAUUACUUCCUGUCAAGAAAAGAAGGAGGCCUUGGAUUGUGAUUGAAUGUCACUGGGCCCAAUUUCUACCCAGAAUGUAACUGGUUGGAUCUGUGGGUCUGCAAGUUCACUUAUGUUGUUUGACAUUGUAUGAUUCCUGAUCGCCGAUUCUCUGCUUGAAUCUACUGCCAGCUCCUAACCCUGCUAUUGGGUCUCAACAAUUUGUCCAAACCCUGAACUUCUGCCUUAAUUUUAAGCGGGUCAUUCAGAGUUGGGCCACUUCAGCUACUGACAUGCAGUAUGGAAGCACAUGGCUAUGAUUCAAGCACAUAUUCUACCUCAGACUCAGCAGCUUCACAAAUGGGUGAUGGAGAGACCACCAUCAUUGAUGAUGUCACAACAAGCUGUCAAGAACAACAACAUGUCUCCUCAGUCAAACAGGGAAAGCGAGAUGAAUGUCUCUUUAUUAAGGCACCACCUGCUGCUGCCACCAUCUCAUCUCGCUGGAGGAAGACAUGACUCAGAAAUGUGCAACAGGAAACAAAGUUGGAAGCCUGACAGAAAGUGAGCAAUAAAUAUGAACUCACAGCUUUUUUUCAACUUUGAACAUUGCAUGAAAGUAUGGACAUUAAGGAACAUAAAGCCCAAGUUUCACCAUUCCGUUAUGGAUGAAUUUGCUGACGUUCUUGCCCUUUCCUGCAGAAUUCCAAAAUGUAAUUAUAAAUGUAUUUUGUUGCUGA